AUGACGACGUCUGCCACCUCUCUCAGCGCCCCCAAGAACUUCCCCAACACCCAGGCCGCCCUGGCCGCCUCGUUCACCAACUUCCUCAGCGUGUCCAUCCAUCAGAUCCUCUUCCUCCGCUCCGUCUACCCGCGAUCCACCUUCCUCCCCGUCCGGGCAUACAACUAUCCCGUCCGACAGUCCCGCCAUCCCAAGGUCUGCGAUUAUAUCAACGAUGUGGCCCUCGCGGUCGAAACGGAGAUCCUGAAAGGGACCAUCACCGCGGUCACCGUUAUCAUUUCGUCCAUCCGCACAAACCAGCCCAUGGAGCGGUAUGCCUUCGAUCUGUCCGGCUUUCCCCAUGUGCCAGCCGGGGAAAUCUACACCACGUUUGAGGAACGGAAAGAGGAGGCGUCCCGGCCACAGUCUACAACGCAGACUGUCGAUCUCGAGGCCCAGUUCCGCGCCUGUUUGGCCCGUCUGGCCUCCGCCUGUGCCCGUUUGACACCGUUGCCUCGCGAUGACGAGUUCGGAUUCACUGUCUGCAUUGAGGUGCGAGAAGAUGCUCUUCCACCUGCGGGCACAACGAAAGAAGAGCAAGCAUGGAUCGUAGCCGAGCCUGGCCAGGUCCAUCUGAGGUCGUGUACGGCCCCAUUUUCAGUCUCCAAGCUGGGCAAUGACAAGCAUCAACAGCAGCAACAACAAGCCUCCAAGGUCACCAAUGGACGAGCCAAGACCGUGCCUGUCAGACGCGUUGAGGCCGGAGAACUCCGCCUGGAGCUAUGGGUCGAGGAGGCUAAACAGAAAUUCGAUGGGCCUCUGAUCACCUAA